AUGGGCUGCAGAGGAGGCUUCGCUGUCCUGCUGCUGGCGGUGCAGGUCAUUGCCCUCCCGGUAACCAAUCCAAUGAAUAAAGGGGAUGCUAAGGUGAUGAAGUGCAUUGUAGAGGUCAUUUCUGAUACUCUGUCAAAGCCAAGCCCGCUGCCAAUCAGCCAGGAGUGUCUAGAAACUCUCAGCGGAGAUGAAAGGAUCAUUUCAAUCCUUCGUCAUCAAAAUUUGCUGAAGGAGCUUCAAGAACUUGCAGUUCAAGGGGCCAAUGAAAGAACCUGGCAGCAGAAGAAAAACGGUGGCUUUGAAGAUGAACUUUCAGAAGUCCUUGAAAGCCAGAAUGACAAGAACAUGCAAAGAGAUAAAUCAAGGGAAAUUGCUGCGGAGGAGCCCACAGCCUCAUUUGCUGAGCUAGCGGCAGAGAGAAGCCAGCAGAACAGUGAGAGGGAGGAGUCCAAAGAGGAUGAGAAAAACAGCCUGGAAGAGAGGGAGCUAAGACUGCGUGAAGCUGGCCCUGAAGACGACAAGGAGAACGCAGAGGAAUCUGACAGCAACGAGGUCAGUGAGGCUGAAGAAUCGCCAAGGGAAGAUGCUUUAGACAACCACAUCAAUGACGACCUCCAAGAGGAUGAGCUGGCCGAGCACAAGCUCCAAGAGGCUGAAGAGGAGCAGCUUGAAGAGACCGAUAGAAGUCGGGAGCUUCAGGGAGAGAAGCAGAUUUCCAAAAAGGGCCAGGAAGAGAGCCAAGAAGCAGAAGAGGAGACCCUACAAGAGCAUACUGAGGAAGAGAAUGCUGGGAGAAGCACCCUGGAAGAUGAGCAGCCUACGGAAGCAGACAGGAUACUUGGCUCAGCUGAGGAUGAGACUGAGGCGACUCCCAGGGAAGGCGAUAACAAAGAUGCUUUGGGCUUUGGCCAAGGUUUGAAGAGCUCGGAAGAGGAAGAGAAAUCCCAUGGACUAAAAGGAGGGAGGCAUCGGUCAGAGAACGAAGCAAUGCAGGCAGAGGACACCUUCCACCCCAGGGAUGUCAAAAGUGAGGAAGAGGAGGAGGAGCCCUCCAGAGCGUGGGAAGACUCCAAGAGAUGGAACAAAAUGGAUGAGCUGGCCAAGCAGCUGACAUCCAAGAAGCGCAUGGAGGAAAACGACAGCAGCGAAGACCCAGAUAGGUCCAUGAAAAUGUCCUUCAGGUCUCACAAGUAUGACUUCCAUAACCCAGAAGAGGAUAUGAGAAGGUCAUGGAAACAUCAUGCAAAGGAGGACAGCAGCGAAGCAGGGUUUCCGCUUGCCGCCAUGCCUGAAGAAAAGAAGGAUGAAGAAGGAAGUGCUAACAGAAGAACAGAGGAUCAGGAGUUGGAAAGCCUGGCAGCAAUAGAAGCUGAACUGGAGAAAGUCGCUCACAAGCUCCAUGAAUUGAGGCGGGGGUGA